UCAUGGUAAAAAGUGGUGUUUUAUGGGUCAUCGACGAUUUCUGAGAAGAAAUCACAGAUUUAGAUUAAGCCGAGUACGCUUUAAUGGAAGCACAGAGGAGAGGAAUCCACCAUUAAAAUUAUCAGGUUCUAACAUUUUGAGACAAAUUGCUGAAGGGAGAGGAGUAGAGUUGAAUGGUAGAAGGAAAAGAUCUAGACGAGCAACUAAACAAUGGAACAAGAGAAGUAUAUUCUUUGAACUUCCAUAUUGGGAGUCCAACUUAUUGCGUCAUAAUCUAGAUUUUAUGCAUAUUGAAAAAAAUAUAUGUGACAAUAUCAUAUAUACGUUGCUGGAUGAUAAAUCAAAGUCAAAAGAUAAUGCUAAUGCUCGCAAAGAUCUAAGAGAAAUGAGAAUAAGGCCUGAUCUUUGGCUGAAGGAUGAUGGAUCGUAUAACCUAGUUGUGUUUUCACUUAUGACUGAUAACAAAAAGGUGGACACUAAAAAGUUGUUUCUUACAACUUUGAAGAAUAUUAAAGUACCAGAUGGCUACUCAAGUAACAUUUCCAGAUGCGUUGAUCUUGCACAGAAAAAAAAUUAUGGGUUGAAAAGUCAUGAUAGUCAUGUUCUUUUAGAGCAGUUACUACCAUUGGCAAUUCGCAAUGUGUUGCCAAAUCACGUAGUUACAGUUUUGGUGGAAUUUUCCUCAUUUUUCAGAGCCCUAUCUAGCAAAACUUUGAAUCCUUCGGAGCUUGAUAUUCUCCAGGAGCGCUUUAUAAUCACACUUUGUCACCUAGAGAUGCUAUUUCCUCCAUCAUUCUUUACUGUAAUGGUUCAUUUAUCAGUUCAUCUAGUAGAUGAAGCAAAACUCGGAGGUCCAGUGCAUUAUCGAAACAUGUAUCCUGUGGAGAGGGAAUUAGGUUAUUGUAAGCCCUAUGUACGAAAUAAAUCACAACCAGAGGGUUGUAUAGCUGAGGGUCAUAUAGCUGAAAAGACUCUUACCUUUUGUUCUUGGUAUAUUGAGGAUAUUGAGACAAGGUUCAACAGACCUAGGCGUGUCCGUGAUGAACCAACUGAUAUGCCUUCUGGAAUGUCAUCUCUCUUCCCUCAAUUGGGUAAACCUGCAUCAGCUUCAGAAAACUUCCCUUUAAAUCCUAUGCAGAAACUACAAGCUCAUCGAUAUGUUCUUCUGAAUUGUGCAAUAGUCACGCCAUUUGUGGACGAAUUUAGAGAAUACAUAAUGAGGAGUUCAAGGGAAAGAAGACCUUCACCUACAGAGAUAGAGAGGAGAGUUAAUAAAGAGUUUGUUGAUUGGUUUCAAAAGCAGAUUAUGAAUCAAGACACAAUAGAUACAAUGUCUAUCGAUCUAAAGUUUUUAGCACGAGGUCCAUCUGUAAAUGCAAGAAGAUUUACUGCAUAUAACAUCAAUGGGUCCAAAUUUCGAACUUUGGCUCGAGAAGAAGGUUUGAAAACACAGAAUAGUGGAGUUUUCUUAACCUCCAAAACAUCAUGUGUUGCAAGCAGUGUUGAUGGAAAUUUAAGGCAAGCAGAGUUACCAUAUUAUGGGAAGUUAGAAGAUAUUAUUGAGAUUAAUUACAAUGGACGGUUUAAGGUUGUUCUUUUCAAAUGUAAAUGGGCUGAUACGACUCGAGAUAGAGGGUAUCAAAAGGAUCGUUGGAAUUUUAAUUGUGUUAAUUUUUAUAGAUUGAUUCAUAUUGGUGAACGUGAAGAACAUGAGCCUUACAUCGAAGCAUCUCAAGCACAAACAGUGUACUAUGUGGAUGAUAUUGUCAAUAAAGGGUGGAGUGUUGCUGUGCAUCUAAAACCAAGAGAUUUAUAUGAUAUGGGAGAAGUAAUGGAAGAACAAGUAUAUGAGAAUGAACCAUACCAAGAGCAAGAACUCGACCAAUUUUUCACUGAUGGUGAUGAGUAUGUUCAGCUAGCUACAGAUUAUAUAAUUGAUGAUACAGUAGAGGCAAAUUUUGCUACUAACCUAGCAACAGAUGCAAUGUCUGAAUGAGUUUUACUGAAGAUUUUCGUUAGUCCUAUUUUUUUAUUGAAAUUUUCUAUGUUGAUAUGUUUAUUGGCUUUUAAUGGAUAUGUUUGAUUCAUUAGAAAAAGAUUGAACUUUUGAUUGGAGAAUGAUUUUCUUUUAGAGAUUUGAUUUUAUAUUUCAAAGGACUUAAUUA